CUGAUUCUUUGCCUCUCACUUGGGUUCUACUUUGCACUUGUCUUCAAGCCAUUCUCCACACAAAGCAUUACUUUGCCAUAUAACAAUAUGCAUUCUUGCACAAAACCUUGCUUCUGCUUGUCAGCCACAAACGUACAACCUACGAAAACCAAUGUAUCGCACACGCGAGACGAACCCUCAUUUUCUCCCCGUGCAACCACUAAACCAGCCGCAGCCACCAGAGUCUGUCACCAACCCGAAUCCCCGUGUUCCCUAUUUGCAACCACAAAACCAACUGCAGCCACCAGGGUCUGUCACCAACCCGAAUCCCCGUAUUCGACACUUGCAACCACAAAACCAACCGCAGACAGCAGGGUCUGUCACCAACCCACAUUUUCUUCCCUCACAGCCACCGACUCAACAGCAUCAGCCCCCGCGGUCACAGCUCCAUCCCAGUCAUGAACUCCCUGCACAGCCCCAAGCACGGCCCCCAUCCGGUCCCACCUUUGAAUUGGCUCCACAGCCACAAACACGACCAAAGCGUCAAAAACGACCAAAGGCGCAACAUGGUGCUGGCCUCCUGUCUGAUCCCACAAGGUCACAUCUCGGUCCUGACCUCCACACUCCUCUGUCACAGCCACGUCCCCAACGUCAACCUCGCGACACUCAACUCUCCGUUGGAGCCUCACCAACACAACCAAACCAACCGCCACCACGCUUAGGUCAUCCAGCAGGCCCGCAACAUCAGCAAUCCUCAGUUCAGAGAAUUCCACCACCUCGCAAAACUAAGCCUUUUACAUGGUGCAUUGCCAUCCUCUGUGCAAUUUUCUGGAUCAUAAUCAUCCUAGUAGGCCUCAUUGUUCUCAUAAUAUAUCUCGCAUACCAUCCAAAAAGCCCGAAGUUCGAUGUAGCAGGAGCAACCCUGAAUGCAGCAUAUCUUGACAUGGGCUAUCUCCUUAAUGCAGAUAUAACUUUUUUGGCCAACUUCACAAACCCAAACAAGAAAGUGAAUGUCAACUUCAAGCACAUCAUAAUCAAUCUGUAUUUUGAUGGAAUUCCUAUUGCCACAAGGUAUAUUGAUCAUUUUCAUGUGAGAAGGCAACAAUAUCAUCUUGCAAGUGUUCAUAUGGUAACAAGCCAGGUUAGGCUUUCUCCUGUACAUAGCCAAAAGCUCAAGAAGCAAAUCGCAAGUGGCAAAGUCCAAUUUGAUAUUAAGGGUCUGUUCAAAGCAAAAUCUAAGUUGGGUAAUGUCCUCAAGUAUUCAUAUUCGUUAUAUGGUCACUGUAGUAUUGUUUUGACAGGCCCUCCCACUGGAGUUUUGGUGGCAAAGACUUGCUAUACCAAACGGUAGCUAUUGUGAGAGAUCCGUUUCUUGUUUCAUCAUCUAGAAAUGAGGUUUUUGAUAUC